AUGCCGAAAAAGAAAGGUUCGGAGCGACUAGGAUUAGAAGAUGAACGAUUCACUCAUCUACGAUCGGACCCCAAAUUUUCCGGAUUGAGUAACAAAGAAAAGAAGGUCACUAUAGGGAAACGGUUUGCAGCAGUAGUCACGGAUCCACGGUUCUCAGCGAAGGCUCGUGUGGAUAAAUAUGGACGCCCUGUUAGAAAAACUGGUGGUGAUCUCCUGGACCUGUAUGAAGUUGAAGACAGCGACGAGAAGGAAGAGGUGAAAACACCUGAAAAGAAGGUCAAAGUCUCAGAAAGAGCUGGUGAAAAGCAUAAGACAGAGAAAAAAGUAGAAGAAGAGGAGAAUGACACCGAUGAAAAAGAACCAUCAGAUAGUGAUGAUGAUCGCCCUAUUAAGAUUGAUCUUGCUCGUGGUGAAGGCAAUGUGGAAUCGUCAUCUGACGACGAUGAUUCAGACUCCGAAUCUGAAUGGCAAGCCGACGAGGAAUUGCAGAUGGAAAUAGAUCUGGCUCAUCUUGAUGAUGACGCAGAGCAAGUCGAAUGGGCCACUAAUCGGAUUGCGGCUUGCAAUAUGGACUGGAAUGUGGUACAUUGUGAAGAUUUGAUGAUUCUGGGCAAGUCGUUCAUACCUUCUGGCGGUUCUAUAAAACGAAUCACAAUAUAUCUGUCGGAUUUCGGAGCAGAGCGCUUAGCUGAGGAAGAUAAACAUGGUCCUCGGCUGCAACUGAAAAAGCCUUUAGGGGAGUAUGAUGGAGAUAAAAUCGAUGACGAAACGAAACUUGCGAUGCGAAAGUACCAAGUUGACCAAUUACGAUAUUACUAUGCCGUUAUUGAAUGCGACUCAACGGAAACAGCAGUUGCUAUCUAUGAUCAGUGCGAUGGUUAUCAGUUUGAGGCUAGUAAUAUCAAGAUGGAUCUCCGAUUUGUGCCGGAAGGGAUGGAAUUUGAUAAGGAUCGCAUUAAGGAGGAACUUAGUGAAGACGAUGUGAACGUGGGGAAAUAUAAAUCAAAAGAGAAGAUAAUAUCGGCUGUUGCGCAAACAAGUGCUCGAAUAGGCUGGGAUGAAAACGAAGAAUUGCGUCGGAAGAAGUUUGAAGAGGCUUUCAAUAGUGAUGAUGACGCUGGUGCUGACCUUAUCGCCGACUCUGAUUCAGAUGAUGAAGAGCGCGAAAAAAGUCGACAGGCACUCAUGUCGCUCCUAGGAAACAAAGAAGAAGUUGAUGGAUUACAAGUGGACUGGGAUAAUCAACAAGUGGAAGGUGAAAGUGACGUCGAAUUUGAUAGUGAGGAAGGGGAAUAUGAGGAUAGUGAUGAGAAUAUUCAUGCUAGCCCAACUGGCGCAGAAACUAAACAGGAUGAAGAAGAAAUUAGUUUGCAGAAGAUUGAAGCGAAAAAGAAGCAGAAGAACACAUACCAAGCUUAUUUGGAGCGAAGGAAACAAAAGAAAGCAGAACGAAGACAGAAAAUAAAGGAAUUGAAGGAAAAAGAGCGAGAUGCACUUAAAGCUGUCGGUGAUCAAGCUAAGGCUAAACAGAAGGAGAAUCGUGCUGCGCUUAAAGCUGCUAAGCAGAGAGAGGAAAAGGAAGGAGUACUCGCUGAAGCAGUGGCUGGUGACGAAAGAUUUAAAGCUUUGUUCACAGACAGCGCAUUUGCGAUCGAUCAGAGUUCUCGGAAUUAUAAGGGCUCCAAAUUAAUUGAAAAGCAAGUGUCUGUCAAACGAAAAGCAAACGAACAAUGUCAGCAAUCAGGAGAUACAAACGAACCCGAUCUCAUUUCAAAGUUGAAGAAUAAAUCAGCAAAGUGGAAAAAACAAAAAUAG